AUGUUGUAUGAACUUAUCGGACUCGUUCGUAUAGCCAACUCAAAUGCGCCGAAGUUAGAAGCGAAGGAAUUAUCUACCACGAUUGGGAAAUUGAUUAUUCAAAAUAGAGGUGUCGUAAGGGAUAUUAUACCCAUGGGUAUAAGGUACCUUCCUAAAAUAAUGAAGAAAGACCAAGAAAAACAUUUUCGAGCAUACCAUUUUUUAAUGCUGUUUGAUUCUUCAGCUGCAGUACAAUCGGAAAUUUUAAGAACUUUGAAGAAAGACCCUCGUGUCAUAAGAUCGUCUAUCGUUAAAGCUAGUACAGACAAACAACUUGAUGUGGCUUCAUCGCUACAUCGCUCUUUAGGGAAGAAGUCUAUUUUGGAGCGAGUAAACGAAGAUUAUCAAUCCAUCUGA